AUGUUGAAUGCAAGUUUUGCGUUUGCUCAUUUGAUAGAUGACACGGGUAUCGGUGCAAAGAAGAGACCGGUGCUCAAUACGCGCGGUAAAGUAAACUUCCCGCUUUUUGCUCACUUCCGCUCCGACAGCUCGCUCUGUGUCCCCGUGGGCUAUGAAACGCCUCCAUGUGCUUACAAAUUGCGGUUCCGAAGCUUUCCGUCGACUCCGAUACCUCCGUUUACUCCUGCGUGCGCCGUGUGGUACGCCCUGACAAAGCGGAUAAACCUCGGAAAGAUCAGCACAGUCCUGCCCGAAGACCGUCCCUUGCUUGGAGUCGAGUAA